AUGUUUUUCCCAAUAUCCCACAGAAACGCUAAUAACGGAAUCGGCUGUGUUGGAUUAAAUUCCCAGAUUAAAGUCUGCCAUACAACAGAAUGUUCUGGAGACCAGCAGACCUCACGACAAGCCGCGUGUGCCCAGUACAGCAUCCGGGCGUCUUCCGGCAUCAGUUACACCUGGGAGCCGGCAGUACAUCCCACAGAUCCAUGUAGGUUGUCAUGCCGGGCCAUUGGCCACAACUUCUUGGCCAACCCACCUGGCCGUGUGGAGGAUGGGGAAUCGUGUGGCGACCUGUACUCCACUGCCGUCUGCAUCAAAGGCGUCUGUCAGGCUGUCGGCUGUGAUGGAAUCGUCAUGUCGUCGGCCUACAAGGACAAGUGCGGGGUGUGUGAGGGCGACGGCACCAGCUGCAGCACCAUCUCUGGCAUCUUCACCAGCACGGAGCUCAAGCGUGGACUCAACUACGUCAUCAGCAUCCCCACCGGAAGUACGAACAUCAACAUCACGGAGCUGCAGGGCAGUCGGAACACUCUAGUUUUGCAGACUGAAGAUGGGACAAUGAUCAUCAAUGGCGGCUCAGGGAACACGAAUACCGGUGACGUCAUAGCUGCCGGAAGCGUCUUCUUGUACGGUGCCAAGAGUCACACGAAACCGAUGGAGAGCAUUCUCUCCCCUGGCCCAACCAACACAACACUGAUACUUCAGCUGAUGCUGAAGGACUACAACCCUGGAAUUUUCUACACCUUCAACGUCCCCAACAACAUCAGCGACACGGUGCUCAGGCAGAUCAAACACAGGCAGCAGCCCAUCCAGGUCUCGCCAGACUCCAGCCUCAACCUGGAGUCUCGUUCUGGUGGUUCCAGUCUGCACCCCCGGCCCGUCACCCACGGGAACAUGACGGCACGGAACUACAACACGACGGACGAUGUUUCAUUCUUGGAGGAAUCUGAUGCCAACGUGACGAAUAAUUCUUCAAGACAGUCUUGGCCGAAUCCUGAGAACGGGACGUCUAGUGAGGCCAACAGUGUGGUCAAGCCAUUUGUACAAGGCCAGGACAGCGGUGAACCUUCCAAGGUUUUGGCUGACCGACAGUACCAGGACAGUGCUGAGAGUCGUGUCCGGGUGCCAGCCGUCGCUGCCAGAGCCGGACGGUACCAUAUCCCCAGGUACUCGCAGAGUUUUAACUUCAACUUUACCGCGCCACGGCUGCGGCCCCAGCGCCGGUACCAGAACAGUUCUCAGCCACACGCCACACGGCAAACAGCGCCGCAGCUGAUCCGGGAAGAGAGGCCGCGUCAGUCCCUGACCUUAAGCCGGCAGGAAGCACGUGACCCCCAGACCUUGGGGGAUUCGGCUCACGCGGACACACGUGACAAGACGAGCUCGCGCUACAGGGAGUUCUCGGCUGCAGGGGAGACGUCCAGCAGAGGGGAGAUGACCAGUGCUUUAGAGUCCAGCCAUAACGCGGACAGCGAACGUCGCAGACAGCUGAAGGAGAGGCAGGAGGUCGAGCGACAGCGCCGACUGCGAGAACGUCAGCUGCAGCUGGAGGCCAGACAGCGACGCAGGGACGAGCAGACCCGGCGCUACAACGAACGUCUGCGUGAGCACAACGAGAGGAUCCGCCGCAUUGAGGCUGAGCGCGAGGCCGCACGUGAAGCUGCGCGGAGGAAAGCGCAGCAACACAGCCAGGCCGUCAACCAACCAGGCGAGACGUCAGCACGCAGGACUGAGACAAGUCAGACACAUAACGUUGUUGUCGCUGAGGAUGGCGUGGCUGCCACACCACGGCCUGACCAGUACCCUUACAACAGUCGUUACGCCAACACUGAGGACAAUGGCCAGACAGGGCAUGACCCAGCCAGCAGCAGAUUGGGCGAGGGGAGUUCGCGACCCGAUCGUACCGGAAGUGAGAGUUUAAACCACCGUCACCAGGAACUUGUGGGUAACCAGGAGCGUCACGUGGUCAGGGUCAUCCAGCGGCCCGUGGCCCAGGGGCCGCGUUACAUUCCAGUGGAGCCGUCACCGCCCCUGUCCGCACUGACUGGCAAUGGUGCUGAGAGUGAUAGUCCCACCAGCACCAUAGCACUGGACAAGGAACCCUCGAACCCCAUCCCGCCUGGGUAUCUGCAGAGCGUCAACGACCUGAUCCCGAACAACGUCUUACCCAAUCAAAUCAAUUACUUUGGUGGCGGCCACGAGCAUGUUGCACUCAGCUCGGCUUAUGAGUGGCGGAUAUCCGGUCUGACAGAAUGUACUCACACGUGUGGGGGAGGCAUCCAACAAACGGUCGUCGUGUGUAUCGAUAUCAAGUCCCAAGCUGUGGUGACGGACGAAAACUGCCGGACACUGACCAAACCCAAGAACCUUGCUGUACCAUGCAACAAGAGGCCUUGUCCGUCAGAGUGGACACCGGGUCACUGGACGACCUGCACGGUGACCUGCGGUCAAGGCGUCCAGACCAGGAUCAUCACGUGCCAGGCCCGCGUGUCCCCCACCCUCAACGUCACGAUGCCAGACGCGAACUGCGAGAGUCAGGUGAAGCCAGUCAACCGUCAGACGUGUAACGACAACCCGUGUAGUAUCUGGCGGACUGGGGACUGGACCAGUGGGACUGGGGACUGGACCAGUUGUUCAGCAGGCUGUGGGGUUGGCCAGAGGACCCGUACGGUGGAGUGUGUGGACACGACAGGCAAGCCGCAGCCAGACAACCUCUGCACGGAGCCCAAGCCGGCUGAGGAGGACAAGUGUCACCUGGCCGAGUGUGGGAAGGGCUGGUACUUCACCGAGUGGCCGGAGGAGUGUCCUGUAGAGUGUGGAGUCGGCACCGUCUCCCGGAGAACGUUCUGCGCUGACGAUGCCGGAAAUGCCCUGCCAGACGCUCGUUGUGACAACGUGCACAGACCAGCUGUCAACAAAUCUUGUCGAGCUAGCAAACCAUGUGGCGGCAUUUGGUUCACUGGACAGUGGUCAAAGUGCAACACGACGUGCGGCAACGGACACAAGAAGCGCGACGUUCUGUGUAUCAAGUCUCUCCCUGGGGGUGUCUUCGCUGUGGUAGGGGAAGAAAACUGUGACGUCACCGUUAAGCCUGCCGGGACAGAGUUGUGCCAGGGGCCUGAGUGUGGUUCUCUGUGGUACAUGACGUCAUGGGGACAGUGCUCUCAAAGUUGUGAAACUGGAUACCGUACUAGAGAAACCAAAUGUCUUGACGCCGAGCAGAAGCCGAGUGACCAGUGUCCACUACAGAGCCGUCCCAGGACCAGAGAUCCCUGCAACACACAGCCCUGUACCAGUACAGCGACCCCUAGUGCCGUCAAUGGUACGGUCACUGAAGAUGCUAUUUGCGAAGACAAGCUCACUAACUGUAACGUUGUGAAGAAAGCGCCACGUGUCUGCAGUACCGCGUACUACAAGAAGAGAUGUUGUCGGUCAUGCGCAGUCCACUCAUGAGAGGAAGUGUGAACAGAAGUUGCUGUAGUUCUCAUAGACUCUACGUCACUUGAUUUGAGUGAAAGGAUGGGACAUUUUUUUAUACAUGUAUUGGACGAAUUUAUUUUAGGACAUGUUAUGACUAUUAAUUAGAGAUAGUCUUGUGUAUAUUGAGUAUUAGAUCUGACCAGAGCGUAUUUUUUAGAAAGCAUGACGGUCAGUUUAUUCAGUACUACUGUACGACAGAUGGUCUUCUACAGACCACUGGGUGGUAGUCGUGGUCAGUUUAUAUGUUGAUGAUAAUAAGACAGGUAGUAUGUUUGUAUACUGAAACAUUGCAUUUUUUAUGACGAAUAUGUACAUUUUAUUUAUUGCUUGCAAAGUAUGUUCAAAUUAUUUGAUUUUUUUUUUUAAUAUGCCAGUACAGUUGUAAAUGCUGUAGUUUUUGUUGAUGUUCCCUGUUGUAUGCAACAUUUGUCUAGACAAUCUGGUGAAAUGUAGUCUUUACAUGGGUUAUGCUUUGAUGCCGAUUUUUAUGCUAUUAUUUGUAUGUUAUACACAGGGCUUUGAUCAUUUUAAAAUGUUGCUGCAUGUGUUGCUUUUUGUUGAGAAUCUGAGCUAUUGCAUAGUGCUACUUCAUAUCAACAAUCUCGACUAGUGCACUGUAUACAGUGGGGGUGGGGGUAACCAUUCUUGUUGAAUGUUGUUCAAAACACAAGCAACUCGCCUCGUUUUAAGAACAGGAUGAUUGUUAGAUUGUUGGAUUAAAUCAUUGCUUCUCACUUGAGUGGAAUAUAAACUGUUGGCCCAGUGGCGGGACUAGAGUGACUCUAAAACUGUUGGCCCAGUGGCGGGACUAGAGUGACACUAAAACUGUUGGCCCAGUGGCGGGACUAGAGUGACACUAAA